UCCUCCGGGCGGCCAUUUUCAUAAACGAAUCCGUUUUAUUUAUUUCGUUUAGAACUCGCUUUAUGCAUUUUGUCUUUAAUUAAUACAUGUUAUACGGCUAUUCUUUACAUAAAUUCAAGUAUAUUGUUUGUUUUAUUAAUUCUUAUAUGACAAUGUAUCCUUAAAUCGUACAGUAUACUGAAUAGUAGGGCUUUUUUCAUGUGUUCACAUCUAUUUUUUAUAUUUACAAAUUUUAGUUCCCUGUGGCUACCUUAAUAUUUAUAACUUGUACUCAUUUUGAGGCGCAACAAUGUCUAACGUUGGUUAUGACUUAGAUACAUCGGGCGGAUUGAUGCCGCUCAUACGGGCGCUUAUAAAGCCGCCGGAUGAAGACUUGAAUGUCCAAAAGUCAAAGAAGUCUCAACAUCCAUACUAUAAGAGGCCAGGCAAAGGUCACAACCAUGACUCCUGCGAUGCUUGUGGAGAGGGCGGCGAUCUCAUAUGCUGUGACCGCUGUCCAGCUAGUUUCCAUCUUGGAUGCUAUGACCCACCUUUGGAUGAGAAUGAUAUACCAGCUGGGUUGUGGCUGUGUCGGGAGUGUCGAGCCUCUGAUGCCGAAAAGCCAGCUAGUUCACGCAGCAGCCGAGCACAGUCCCCUGCUGAUAACAAAUCUGACACAGAAAAGAGGACCAGGUCCCUUCGUAACAACCGUACCAAUUCCACAAAGAAAAAGGUCAAAGAAGAGGAUGAAGAGGAAAAAAAGGAGCCAGAGAAGGAAUUGACUCCGAUGGAGGUUCUAGUGAAGGCGGCCAAGAUUAUGAACCCGAAACAAUUUGAAUUGCCAAGGGAGAUGAGAAUACCUUGCAUAUUUCCUGGGACUGAUAAAGAAGGCAGCAAGAACGGCGGCGCGUCGCUGGUGACGGUGGACGCGUGGGGCUGCGUGCCGCUGCCCGCCAAGACCUGCUUCAUAUGCCAGGCCACCUGCAAGCUGGCGCCGCUGCUACAGUGCGACUAUUGCCCCCUGCUCUUUCACCAGGACUGUCUGGAUCCACCUUUGACUGCUCUGCCCACUGGUCGGUGGAUGUGUCCUAAUCAUGUCGAGCAGUACAUCGAUUGGAAGCUAGUGAAUUCAAUAUCGGCGACGGAGCGGGUGGCGCUAUGGGAGAAGUUCACAGGACCUGUAGACCAGCAUGCCAUCAAGGUGGACUUCAUCAGGCGUGCCAGAAAUCCACAUCCUCCUUUCAGGGUGAAGGUGCCGGCGGGCGUGCGCGGGCGCGUGCGGGUGCCGCGCAUGGUGCGCGCGCACUACGCGCGGCCGCCGCCGCUGCUGCCCGCGCGCCGCGAGUACGUGCGCUGCCGCGCAGUGCUGAAGAAUCUGAAGGAGAGCCGCGACUAUUACGAGUCGGAGAGCGAGGUGGAGGACGAGGUCGAGAAGCCGAAGCACCAGAUCUGCCUGAACAUGUCGUGCCCGCAGUACGACGGCGGCCGCUGCCCACACGCUUCGCCGCUGCGGGCCGCCACCGCCGCUGACGCCGCCGACGACCUCAAGGCCAUUUCGGGGCAAUCCAAGUUGGGUAGACAGAGCGACGAGUCGAGUGAGUUGUCGGACUCGGACUUCGAGUACCUGACGGCGGCGGUGAAGAAGCGGCGGCUGUCGGGCGGCGAGCGGCGCCGCGGGGCGCGGCGGGAGCGCCUGGAGCUGCGCGCCGACGGGGACGCGGAGGACCUGCUGGCCGCCGUCGACGACCAGCUGCAGAAGCUCGACGACAGGCUCGUCAAGCUGCUGGCCUGGCAGCGGCUGCAGCAGGUGGCGUGGGGCGAGCAGGCGGCGGGCGCGUGGGCGCGCGCGCCGCUGGCGGGCGGCGCGGCGGCGGCCGUGCGCCGCUCGCUGGCGCGCGCGCGCCUGCAGCGCCACGGCCUGCGCCGCGUGCCGCUGCCCUCCGAGCUGCUGUCGGCCGCCGAGCGCCAGCGCAUCGCCGCCGCCGUCUGGGGGCCGCCGCCGCCCGCGCCGCCGCCGCCGCCGCCGCCGCCGCCGCCGCCGUCCGCGCCGCCCGCGCACGCGCUGCAUCUGCCGCCGCGCGCCGCGCUCGCCGCCGUGCACCGCCCCAGCAGGAACGGCCUAGGCGAUGGCCUUGGCGAGCCGAUCCCGAUGCGGCUGUCAGUGCUGUGGGUGGGCACGGACAGCAGCUGCGACGUGCGCCUCGAGCAGCCUCCGCACCUCAGCCGCCGCCGCUGCCGGGGGCUCUCCCCGCGACACGCGCUUAUAUUCAUGGACGAGGUGACCCAACACUUCGAGCUGAUCAAUUACUCGGAGUGGGGUACGCGCGUCAACGGCGUGCUGUACACGUGCGACGCGACGCACAGCGAGCACGAGCCGGAGCACGAGCGCGAGCGCGACGCCGAGCACGACGCCGAGCACGACGCGGACGAGCCGCGCGAGCCGGACGAGGCCGAGGCGCGGGCGAACGCCGUCAGGGAUAUCGUCAGGCAUCGGAUGCCGCGCCCGUUCAGAGUGAACGGGUCGCUGCUGGGCGCGGACGAGGACUGCUGCGGCUGCGGCGCGGCGGCGGCGGCGGCGGCGGCGGCGGGCGCGUGGGAAGGCUCGGCGCUGCUGUCGCACGGCGCGCUGCUGCAGUUCGGCUGCCUGCUCUACGUGUUCAGCGUCACCGGCGACGGCCGUCCCCAACACGACGACCCCGCCCUCUAGCGCCCGCCCUAGUCUCACUCGCUCACUGAACUCUAAUAUCCUUUAUGCAUCUAAUGAACUCCCAAGUACAGGAGUUCUAGCAUUUGACUGUGUUUUUGUAUUUUUUAUGUAUUUUGUAGAAUUUAAAAUGUUUUAUUCUAUUGUAAAAUCUUUAUUGUACAUAUUUUAUAUUGGACAUGUUAAAACAUUUAAUAUGCAACGGCGGACUUAUCCCAUAGAGCAGUGUUUCUCAACUUUUUUUGUGUCACGCCCCACUUGAACAUUUCUAAAAUUUUUAUACCCCCCAUACAUAAUUUUUCCCGACAAAGUUUACUUGACGACUCUAAUCGCCCAGUUGAUAUUUUGGUAACGUCAAACGAAAUUAUACCUAAUAAAUUAAGCAUUUAUUUUAAUUUACUUUUUUUGUUAUAUUUUGCAUCGAUAUCUACUCGUAGCGUUGCAUUUAAAUGGCCCGAAGCAAGAGGGUUAAAAUCGCUUCGAGUCCAUUUUUUAAUUGCCCCCCCUUAACUAUAACAUUGCCCCCCCCUGUGGGGCGUGGGCCCCACGUUGGGAAACACCGCCUUAGAGGAUCGCUUACAGUCAACCUUUGAAAAGCUAAAAGUAAACUAUAGAAUGUACAAGGGUAAAAACUUUACAGCUAAAUGUAAACUUAAUAAUAUUUAGUUAAAAUUAAACAUAUUUUAGAUUAAAAAGUAACUGUAUACACUUACAUAUGUAAAUAUAUAAAUAAUAAAACAACAGUAAUACCAUAUUAUUGUAUCAAACCGCGUUACCCAGUGUGUUUUAACUAGAAAAUAUAGUAAUUUAUACUUAAAAAAUACAUGAUGAAUAUUCAUUUAGAUUUAAAUUUCUCUCUCUGCGUGUGUUCAGUUCAAAAUGAAUAAUAAAAUAUACCACGGACAUUGUUAAACUGCUCAUAACAGUCUCUUUGUGAGUUAACUGCGGGUGUAAUUUUAACUAUUUAAAGUUUAAUAUGUUAUGUAGUAAAAUUUGUCGUUAAGAUCUUUGCCAUGUGAUAUAAUAUCAUUAUAAUUCAUUAAUAUUUACGUCCCACUGCUGGGCUGGACAGAAAUAUAUUUUGGUAUAUAUGUACAUAUGUUAUUCUCGUGUUUUUUGUGCUGGCAACAAAGUUAUUUGAAUGUAUGAAAGUAGGGAUUUGUUUGGUUAAACGGGAGUAUUUGUAAAUUGAGAAAUGAAACAAAAUCUUCUAUAUUAGUGUGUUCUGAAGUUUUGUUUGAUUAUCACAGAAAUACUGUUGAAAUUAAGUUGGUAAUAAAUUAAGUCUGCUGAUGUCCUUAUAGUAUUGCUAUGAUUCUAGGUUAACAGGCGGUAUCGAGUCCUUUAAUUCAAGGCGAGACUUUGCCUCUCUUUGCAUCUUCUACCGUCUGUAUAACGUAUUGUGUUCUGAAGAUCUAUUAGAUAUGAUGCCUACAACCUCCUUUCACCAUCGUACCGCUCACCGUCGACAGGGAAUCUAUCCUUACAUCUUAGAAACAGAAUAAUCACACACAGUGCAGUUUUUUUUAUUUGGGUGAAAAUGGUACGGUAACCUCGCUUGCGCUAACGGGAUGCGCUGGCAGAGCACCAGUAUUUAAGGAAUUAACCAUGAUAGUUUCCAGGGGGAACCGCGAGGACGACCUGGUUGGGUAUAUUGCUAGCAAUAGGAUUCUUAGUCUCCAUUACUAACAAUCCUCUCCCCCCCCCCACAUAUUGCGGUUUCAAAGGAGCUUCCUCCCGCAUACACUUAGGCUGUGUAAUAAUUAGCUGAGGCUUUCCCUAGAGACUAUAGCAUGGGGUUUUUCAAAAAGGGCGUAUGAAGGUUUUUUUAAGGAUAGGCAAUGCGCGUUGACAUUCCUAGUGUGACAGGCGUCCAUAGGCUACGGUAACUUCGUUUACCGGGGGGAAAGGGAUUGUUAGAAAUGGAGUUCGACAUUGCAAGCAAUAUACCCUAUCAGGUCGACCUCCACGUGGUUCCCCCCUGGAAACCAUCGUGAACAAUUCUUGUUGAAUUCGUCACGAUGGGCUAACUGACCUGCUUCAUCCUCAUCUAUCAUUCCUCACUGGUGCCCCGCCGGUGUAUACCGAUAGCGCAGGCGGGGUUACCAUUCCAUUAUCACCCAUUAAAAAAACUCCGUUUACCAUCAGACGAGCUGUAUGCUUGUUUGCCACUACACUCACACAUAGUAGUAUUUAAAAAAAAAAAAAAAAUUUUUAUUGUACUACUACAGUGGUGGACAUCAGCAAACUGCCUUAUGGUCGGGUCGAGUAUUCAUUAGUUUUAAAUUUUUAUUAAAUUCUGUUGAAAUAAAUCGGCGCGUCCAGUUGUUAAGUUUUUCGACAGAUGUCGCUUUAGUAAAAAUGUACCGUGGUGCCAUUUCUGUGGCGUCAUUCCUCUAAAAUUACAAUUUGAUACCGUAGCGAAAUCUAACUCAUUUUAUAAUAGGUUUAAGUUAAAACUAUUGUAAUUUUAGUUUAUGAUGGUCCAUAAAAUAGUAAUUUGGAGAAAUUAAAUGUUAGGUUAAAAGAUUGGCUUACAGUGUGACCAUUUGUGGCAGAUGGCUGUCAUUUUGCCAAAUUCCGCUCCUAAAUUUUGUCUGUGGCAUAUCAUGCUGAUGAUUUUGCUAAAGUGGCAGAUUUAAAGGAUUCCAAACAAAUUCACAUUGCAUAAUUUGAAUUUAAAGGGGGGAAAGGGAUUGGUAAUAAUGAGAUUUAACAACCCCAUUGCUAGCAAUAUACCCUAUUAGGUCGAUCUCCACGCGGUUCCCCCUGGAAACCAUAGUGGUUAAUUCUUGUUCAAUUGAUUACUAUGGACCAACUGAUUUGUCUUCAUCCUCACCUGUCAUCCUUCACUGGUCUGCCAGCGUAUACCGAUAGCGCAGGCAGGGCUACCAUUUCAUCAUUCACCCAUAAAAAAAAAUAAAUUUUCAAUAAAGACUUAAAGGUUAUGGAAUGAGCUCCCUGCCGAUGUUUUCCCAAGAGACUACAGCAUAGGGUUCUUCAAAAGGGGGGUAAAGAGGUUUCUUGAGGGUCGGCAACGCGCGCGUAAUACUUCUGGUAUUGCAGGCGUUCAUAGGCUACGGUAACCGCUUACCAUCAGGUGGGCCGUAUGCUUGUUUGCCACCUCAGUGGUAUAAAAAAAAAGACGUCUCUUUUAAAAGUAAAAAUCAGGCAGGAGUCUGACGCAAAUAGUAACAGUGUGUUUUUUUUUUGAUGGGUGAAAAUGGUAUGGUAACCCCGCCUGCGCUAACGGGAUACGCUGGCGGAGCACCAGUGAAGGGUGAUAGAUGAGAAUAAAAACAGGCCCGUUAGCCCAUCAUGAUGAAUUUAUCAGAAAUUAACCAUGAUAGUUUCCAGGGAGAACGGCGAGGAGGUCGACCUGGUUGGGUAUAUUGCUAGCAAUGGGAUUCUCAGUCUCCAUUACUAACAAUCCUUUUCCCCCCAAAAAGAAAAGCGACCUGAAGGUCGGCGGUUCCUCCUGGAAACCAUAGUGGUUAAUUCUUGUUCACCUGUCAAGUUGACCUUGCUCAUCUGUCACCCUUCACUGGUAUCCUGCCACCGUAUACCGAUAGCGUAGACAGGGUUAACAUUUCAUCUUUACCCAUAAAAAAAAUUUUGAAUUUUCAAUAAAAAACAUCUCGUUUAAAAGUAAAAAAAAAAAAAACAAGCAGGAGUCUCACGCAAAUGGUAACAGUGUUGGCUUAGAGAAAUGAAGCUUCAGAAUGAGUAGCAAUGUUUUCGAAUGUGUUAUAGACGUGUAUAUAAUAGGUAAAUAUUUCAGCUCACGUGUGUACUGUCAUAUCAAUAAUUGUAAGUGUUUCAGAUUGUUUUUACAUGGGAUUUAAAUGAGCGACGUCAGACGGCACAGUGCUGCCUCUGUAUCGCGUUCUGUCAAUCCGUUAUGUACUCUAUUAAGUAUAAAUAUAAGGUUGUAAAACGUUUUUUAAUUUUAAUGCGACGUGUCUUAAAUCUCCCGAAUCCUGGUCAAGCUUUACAGACAUGUUUGAAGGCACGUGUGCGCCUGUUUUUAAUGAUUAUUUUUAUCCUUUGGAAGUAUGAAGGUAACUUUAACUUCGAUUCGCCAAUCAUCCUUUAUUAGUAUAGAUAGAUAGAUACUCUUUAUUGUUUCCUCCAAAAGAUUACAAUAGUAAACUUAUUAUAAAUAUAAAUAAUUACGAUAUCAUAAUAAAAGUAAUGUAUAAUCACAAUUUAAUAAAUAUUACAAUAGUUUCUCAACGUUCUUGAGUGGCGACCCCGUACUGGCAAACGCGGUGUAGGACGACCCCCCACUAGAUGGAGUGACGACCUCAAAUAAUGCAUUUGCAUUGCAAGGAGCCAGUGGACGCAGGUGGCUCAGGACCGUACCUUAUGGCGGUCUAUGGGGGGGGGGGGGGAGGCCUAUGUCCAGCAGUGGACGGGUAAUGGCUGAAAUUAUGAUGACGAUGUCGAAUUUAAUUCAAUUAUCUGCCAUUUUUUAAUAUUGUAUUAUGUAAUGUGUUCAUUGAAGUUGUAAUUUUAUAUAAAAACUAUAUUACGAUUUAUGAUUACUAAGUAAUAAAUGCGCAACUAUUGUGCUAAUGUUACCACGCAUCAAGGUUAGUUCUUGCAAAUGUAAACGUAUGCAUUGUAAUCGGUACCUGGUGGUAUACCAUACCGCUUACGAAACUCACAGGAAAGGAAGGGGUGGCCUAUUCUAUGCCGGGACCACACGGCCACACGGCUUUCGUGCAUAUACACACAUAUUUUUUCUUUGUGGUUUAAAAUAGUUACCAUGCAAAUCAUAUUAUUGUAAUGUAAAAGUUACAUUAAUCGAAUAAUAGGCAUUUAUUUACAUACAUACAUAUCUGUCACGUCUAUCUCCCAUUAAUAUAGGCAGAAAAGCAGGCAUUUAUUUUAUAUAUACAAAUAAAUUUAUAUAUACUUAAAGUCUCGUGGGUGUCGUAAGAAGCGACUAAGGGAAGGCGAGACAUGGCCAGUAGUAUGCCUCUUAAAACAUUUCCAAAGCCUAACUGUUGCCAAUGUUCAAUAAAACUCCAUUUUCGAAUAGACCAUAGAUAAGUUUAUUUUUGUUUUAAUAAUGUUACAGAACCAUAGACUCGCCAACAAAUAAUAUAUUACUACAUUUAUGCAACAGCCAAUCCACCUGCAAGCAUGGAAUUGCCAUGGCAAAACCUCCCAAGAGGAAGGCUUAUGUUCAGCAGUAAAGUCUAUUCUUAUAAUGUAUUUAAAAAAAAUGAAAAAUAAUUAAAAUAAAUUUUAUUAAAAUACAAUCGAACUAGUUCUUGAUUACAGAUUUAAUACGUCUGCACUAGUCCAAUGCGUUAUUUUAGUGAUGCCGUUCACAUCACUAGAUCGGCUGCUGUUUUAUGCCCUUCACAUCACUAGAUCGGCUGAGAGAUAAUGGUAUGGUAACCCCUUCUGCGCUAUCGGUAUACACUGGCGGGGCACCAGUGAUAGAUGACUGAUGAGUAAUGAAAACAGGCCAGUUAGUCCAUCCUGAUGAAUUCAACUAGAAUUAGCCACGAUGAUUUCCAGGGGGAACCACGUGGAGGUCGACCUGACAGGGUAUGUUUCUAGUAAUGGGGCUAUUUGACACCAUUACUAACAAUCCCUUUUCCCCCCGAUCGGCUGCUGCUUGCUACGCGUUGUUCUACAGUUUGCUAAUUGAUAAUAUUAAAAUAUUUACAAAGCAAAUGUGUGUAUGUUUUUUUUUACUUUUUUUUUUUUGUUAAAUUUGACAGCGAUAUUUACUCGUAGCAUUGCAUUUAAAUGAUCUGGAUUAAGAAGGUUAAAAUCGCUUCGAGUCCAUUUUUUAACCCCCCCCCCCCCCCCCCCCGCCUUUAACUAUCAAAUUGCCCCUCUGUGGGGCGUGGGUAAACACCGGUCUAGAUAAUGUGUUAAUAUCACAUUGCGAGACGCCUAUUCGACUCGGCUAAGAUGACAAUAUGAUUUGCGUAAGGUGGCUAUUUUAAUCCCUAUGGACAUCAUUGUUAUGAAACUUUGUAUAAGCAAUGAGUAAGCAGUUUAAGAUGCUAGAAAACGGUUAUGUACUCACUGCCAUAUAUAUUUAUUGAAAUCUCUUAUGUGACUAAAUAAUGUAGUCAAAUGGAUUAAUAUAUCCAUUGUAUAUAUUUAAAAUCUUUUUGGACUCCAUUACGUAGUGUUGAUAAGCUCUUGGGAGGGCUAUGACAGCUACUUUGACCGUUUCAUAAUUAUUUUAUUGAAACUGGUAUUAAUAGGUAAGUAUUACGUCUUACCGGUAAUAUUAAAUAUUAUUGAUUGGUUCCGUGGAGAUUUUAUCGUAAUUUGUACAAUAGUUCAGUUUGUAAAUCAAAAUAUCUGGUUUUAUCACAAUGAAAGUGGGUUUUUUUUUUAAAAAAAUAUUUUUGACUAUUUAUUUGGAAAACAAUAAUCCUAUCUAGUUCCAUUAAAUAGAUACAAUACUAUACUGUCUCUAUUUAUUAUUAUUCGUAUAAAAAGACAUGUCAUGUUUAUUUCCUCAUGAAAAAUAUAUUGUAAAAUAACUAUUUUCUCAAACAUGCUUGGAAAUGUGAGCAUUAUUUUGACAAUCUUCUUCGAGAUAAAUCAAAAUUGCCGUACCGGCCAGAUACAUGCGGGCAGCGGCCGGCAAAAGUUGUAUGGAAAUCCAUAUCUGUCGUGUUAUGCGGCCAGAUAAAUUACUAUGUAAACUCAUAUCUGUCCUGUAAUUUAAAAAUGGAAUGACCUUUUAGUUCGAAACAUGGGUACCAAGGAGGCACUUAUAAAAGGUUUUAUUUAAAUUUCGAACUGGCUUGCAAAUAGAAAUCUGUUUAUUGAAAAAAAAAAAAAACAAAGGGACACUAUGGCGCGUGAAAAAUUAUUAUUGUUCUUUAUUCGUCAUUGAACUUAAAAAGCAAAAUUGUGUUUUUGAUUUCUGCGCAUUGUUUGAGAAAAGUACUAUACAAGCCUUGGCCACAACUAGGCAUUGAUGGACUCACGUAUGUGUGCCUCGCUACGCCUCAGCACACAUUUGCACGUUCGUCCAUCAAUGCCUCAGUUGCUGGUCGCUGCAGUAAUAUACUAUUAGUGGUUUCUAAUGCAUUAUUGUAUUGACUAGUGUGUAAUUUUAGGUUAGAGAAUGAUUAUGUUUGAUGCAACUGUGUAUGGCCAAUUCUGUGGUUGUUUUUAGAUCGAAGAAUGUGAUAUAAGGAUGGUAUUACAUAGAUGGAUAAAUUUUACCAAACGAGUCCAGUGUCGGACUUAGUAUUGAUGUUUAUGUCAAGAAAUAUAAGUAUUUUAAGGGAA